GGGCAGGAAGCGGGGCGGGGCGGGGGCACAGGCAGGACCCUCCACUCCUCCCGCACGCGGGGGAGCUGAGGCAGGGCGGGGGGCACAGGCGGGGCCGCUCCUGCACCGCCCCCCCAGGCAGCUGCCGCGGCCGGCGGGGGUACGUGCCCCCCCAGUCGCCCCGAGAUGCGGUGCGUGCUGGUGGCCAGCGCGGGGGCCGAGGUGCUCUUCUACUGGGCCGACGACGCCUUCGCCCGCAGCCUGCGCCUCCGCUACGGCCCCGGGGCGGCCCAGGCGGCCGCAGGCCCCCGCGGGGGUCCCCCCAGCCCCGCGCCGGCGGCCGAGGACAGCCUCAACACGCUGCUGGCGCCCGUCAUCAUCUCCUGCGCCGCGCUGCUGGAGCGCCUGGGCGACACCUACACCUGCUUCGCGGCCGAGGGCGGGCGCCACCUCUACGUGCUGCACAUGUUCGGCGACUGCCUGUACAUCGCGGUGAACGGGGACGGCGCGGAGGGCGAGGACGACCUGCGCAGGACGCUGUACGUGCUGCGGCGCCUGGUCGAGGCGCACUUCGGGCUGGUCACCCUCGACUCCCACCUGCUGCGCAAGGAGCUGCGGCCGGCGGACUCGGAGCAGCGCAGCCGCGUGUGGGCCCUGCUGCGGGGCCUGCUCCAGACCUACAUCCGCCUGCGGGACGAGGAACAGAGCUUCGCUGUGGAGGCGGUGGAGCGGCUGAUCCACCCGCAGCUGUGCGAGCAGUGCAUCGAGGUCCUGGAGCGCCAGGUGGUGCAGCACAUCAACAGCUGCGUGGAGCGCGGCGGCACCGAGGUGGCCCACGCCUUUCUGCUGGUGCACACCAAGCUGCUGGCCUUCUACUCCAGCCGCAACGCCAGCUCCGUCCGCCCGGCUGACCUGCUGGCCCUCAUCCUCAUCGUGCAGGACCUGUUCCCCAGCCACAGCGGGGAGGAGGAGCCCGCCUCCCAGCCUGCAACAGCGGGCCUGACUCCCCCGAGGCCGAAGAGCAGCGAGAGCAUCCCUGUGCAGAGCCUUGGAGCCGCCGAGACAAAGGCAGGGGAGCAGGAGGGCAACGGCGAUGACCUCUCCACGGCCGAGGAGUUCUACACACCCCAGCCCUCGCCUGGCGGCUGCAGCUCAGGAAGCGAGAGCUGGUCAGAGAGCAUCGAGCUGCCGAGCUCUGCGGAGGCAGAUGCUGCGGACGUCCAGAUGGCAGAGGACUCGCUCCAGGCCCUGGCACCCCCCAUGCCCGACGCCACCAACCCCCGGAGGAUCUUCCUGGACACCAACCUGCGGGAGGGCUACUGCCCCAUGCUGCCCCACACCAUGCACUGCCUACUGCUCUGGCCUGGCAUCUGCCUCGUGCUGCUGGCCAAGGGCCCCAGCACGCCCGUCGCCCUGACCAUGUCCCAGCUGCUGGAUGGGCUCCUGGUGCUGGAGAAGAAGCUGCGGGAAGGGCCAGAUGUGGUGCCCAGCCCCCGGUCCCACCCGCUCCUGGGCGACCUGCGGCAUCGCAUGGACAAGUUCGUGAAGAAGCUGGGUGGGCCGGGCACCCAGCUGCAGAACGCCUGGCUGGAGUUCAAGAGCAAAGCCUUCUCUCGCCACGAGCCCGCCAGCUCCCAGGAGCUUCUGCAGGCGCUGGGGGGCGUGCGGCACCAGCUCUGCUCCCUCUACCGCCAGUUCUUCCUGAACCCCCUGGCCGCCCCAGGCCUGCCGCAGGGCCUGCUGGACCGGGCGCAGCGCCUGCUGCAGGAGAAGUUGCUGGACUGGAAGGACUUCUUGCUGGUAAAGAGCCGGCGCAACAUCACCAUGGUCUCAUACCUGGAGGACUUCCCCGGGCUGGUGCACUUCAUCUACGUGGACCGCGCGGCUGGGCAGAUGGUGGCCCCCUCGCUCGGCGUGGCCGAGAAAGCUGCCUCGGAGCUGGGCCGGGGCGAGCUGCCCGCCUUCAUCAAGAGCAAGGUCUGGUCCCUGAUUGCGCUGGCACGGCGCUACCUGCAGAAGGGCUACACCACGCUGGUGCUGCGGGACGGCGACUACUACUGCUCCUACUUCCUCUGGUUCGAGAACGAGCUGGGCUACAAGCUGGAGGUGAUGGAGGUCCCGGUGCUCUCCGAUGACUCUGCUCCCAUCGGGAUGCUGACGGGCGACUACUACAGGAAGCUGCUGCGCUACUACAGCAAGAACCAGCAGGCCGAGGCGGUGAAGUGCUACGAGCUGCUGACGCUGCACCUGGGCGUCCUGCCCCCCGACGUGGUGGUCCAGCAGGCUGCCGACCUGGCCCGGCGCCUCUGGGAGCCCUCCCGCAUCCCGCUGCUCUGAGCCGGGUCCUGCGGCUGCCGCGGCACCACGCCCCACCACGGGCCUGUCCCCGGAUCGGGGGGAUCCCUCGGCAUCUGGCCCGUGCCCCCUGCCUCUUCCGCUGCCCCCAGCUCUGGAGACCUCCCCGGCUGGGCUGCCAGGCCCUGGCAUGGCUGGGGAUGGCAGAGAUGGUGCUGUGCUGGGUGGGUCCAUCGCUGCCUUGAUUAAAGCUGCUGCAACUGGUCA